AUGAAGGAUGUAGGUAAUGUGUCAGUCUGGUGUAAAAGGAUUGUUCUACUCAGUUAUCACCAUCACCAGCUGGGUGUUUUGUGUGCAAGGAGUUUUAAAUAUGAGUUCAUAUUGUAUAAGCUAUCAGUAUGGUUACGCUGUGAAAUGUUGUGCUGGAGCUGAAAACAUGGUGACAACAUGAGAGCUAGUGGAGAGCAGGUGCCUCUGCUUUGAUCACAGAUAUCUGUAAACAUUCUCUCUCUCUCUCUCUCUCUCUCUCUCUCUCUCUCUCUCUCUCUUCUCUCUCUCUCUCUCUCUCUCUCUCUCUCUCUCUCUCUCUCUCUCUCUCUCAAGCUCACUGAGAUACACAGACACAAACACUAGCACGCCCCAUAUAUACGCACACUGCUAUGUACAACGCACAUACUGUAGUCAAACACCAAAAGCAAAGUUGUAUUAACUCAAACACACACAUUUAUGGACUCUGACAGACACAGACAUACCCUCAGUUUCGCAUGCAAACGGACACACAACAUUCAUGCCUCUGCCUACUAUAUCUCUUUAUCUUCUCUUAUACUCUCUCUCUCUACUACGAUUCUCUAAUCUCUCUCUCUCUCUCUCUCUCUCUCUCUCUCUUCUCUCUCUCUCUCUCUGCCUCCCUCUCGCUCUCUCACUCAUUCACUCUCUCUCUCCCUCUCUCUGCCUUCUCUCUCUUUCUCUCUUUUACUCUCUCUCCAUCUUUCAUAGGCACUCACAGACACACACACACAGGGCCCAGCCAGCCCUGGGAGACAGCUGUCCCUCUCAGGGAGAGAGAUAGUUGGUAUUGAAAUAGAGAAAGAGAGCUGGGGGAUGACAAUGGCUUCUUAUUGUCAGCAGCGGUCCCCUAUUCCCUGUCCCUCAGAUGAGACUUGGGUGGAGGCUAUACACACAUACACACACACGCAUGUGAAACAUACAAACACAUGAAUAAACAUACACACACUCGUACACAAACAAACACAAAUGUGCAUGUUGACCAACAGACAGGCAAUAUUGCCUAAGUGCUCUUGUGACAUAUACAGUAUGUUAUCAUGCCACUGAACCCAGAACAUUGUUGAUUGACCUAAAAUGAAAUGUGAGAAUGGUAUUUGAUGGAUGGUGGAGGCAUCGGAAGAUUAAGAAAAGCACAUCAUAUAGUCAAAUCUUGAUCAAUUGAAGACUCAAUAUACACAGUAUGUACUGUACUUGACAUGACCUUUUAACUGUGUAUGUGUGGACAUUAGCUACAUAUCAGCAUAAUAAAGAGUCUCAGAGACACACCUGUGUCACAUGAGCCAGGUCUCUCUGUGUGUGCGUGCGUGUGUGUAAACAAAGACUUGGCUGUGUGCUCUCCCCGCCUCCCUUUGCAUACGCCUGGAGAUAAGUGAGUACAACCCCUCCUCCCUCCCAGCACCGUGGACUGUGUACACUCCAAAUAUUUCCAUAGCCAGCCCUCAUGCGGAAAUGAAGGAGGAAGUGCAUGGAGAAGAGAGGACAGGAGAGAGUUGAAAGGCCAGUGCUGGGCGUCCAACAGGAAAAGCCAACUCACCUCUGUCACCUAGAGACUUUGAAAUGAUUGCUUCAUUGUAUGGAAAUUCUCAAAACUGAGGUGCUGGGUGCAGUGCAUAAUGUCGGUGAGGCAGAGACCUGAACACUGGUCUGACCACACCUUUAGCCAAUGGUGCUAUAUGUUGAGUGUAGACCUGAGGAAAAUACAGGUUCAUGACAGAUAUAGCCUAUUAUAGGAAUAUGGCCAGGUGACUAGGGUCAGACACUGGCUGAUAAUCCCCAGGUUGUACUGCCCUUGAAUCACACACUUAACCUGAAUUGCUUUUGUCAAUAACCACACCUAUCUAUGUAUGUGAUGGUGGGGUGUGCUGUGUAAAGUGCUUUGGAUAAGGUCCUCUGUUGGAGGACAGAUAGUAAUAGAGCUAGUGGUAUGCACUGUACCUUUACUCCUCCAAUCAAACUCAAUCUAUCUCUCUCUUCCUGUUUCUCUCUCCCUUCUCUCCAUUGCUCUUUCCCCUCACCCCUUUAACCCUACCCCCCCACCCUUCUCUUGCCAUCUUCUUUCCUUUUCUCCUCAGUCUUGAUCCUGGAGCCCAUUGAGAGGGAGGAUCUGGGUGGGAGGACCUUGAAGAUUACAGAUUUUGGCCUGGCACGGGAGUGGCAUCAGACCACCAAGAUGAGCGCGGCCGGCACCUACGCCUGGAUGGCCCCCGAGGUCAUCAAACUCUCCCUGUUCUCCAAGAGCAGCGACGUCUGGAGGUACAACAUUCUGUACAGGUGUUUUACUGUGGGACAGUAUGGUGCACAUGCAACACCCACAGUCAGUAGCUAGUGUCCUUGUUCUUUCAAUAAUUCAACUAUUCAUACCCUCAGGGGCAAUUUACACCCUCCAUAUAUAGUAGGUAACAUAAAGGGUGUGUUAAGUUAAUAUAUGAAUAGCCUGUACAUUCAUGACAUGUGCCUGUGAUUUUAAGCUGUACCUCUCCCCCCUCUCUCUCUCCUCAGUUUCGGGGUGCUGCUAUGGGAGCUGCUAACAGGAGAGGUUCCGUACCGUGAGAUAGAUGCGCUGGCCGUGGCGUACGGAGUGGCCAUGAACAAACUGACCCUGCCCAUCCCCUCCACCUGCCCCGAGCCCUUCGCACUCCUGCUGGCGGGUAAGAACCAAGAUGGUUGCCUGUCAGGCCAAUUUCACUUACAAAGAUGGUUGCCCGUCAACCCAGUUUCACUUAUUGAUUAGAACCAAGAUGGUCGCCUGUCAGCCCAGUUUCACUUAUUGACGAGAGCCAAGAUGGCUUCCUGUCAGCCCAGCUUCACGUCUAUUAUUGUUGGUGGUCAGAGUGAGAGUACUGUAGGUUCACCUCCCAGUCAGCCAACUGGUGAUUUCAUAGUCUCUUGCUCCACUUCUCUCGCCACUAUAUCCAUGCAUCCCUAAUGCUCUCUCUCUCUUCAUCCCUCUCUCCCUAUCCUCCGUCUUAUCCCUGGUCAUCCUUUAAUCUCUCCUUUGUCACCCCUCUCUACUGUGUCCUCUCUCCCCUCUUUCCUCUCCUCUUUCUUUUUCCUUUGCCCAUCCUUGGACUUGAAAUAUUAUCUGUCUGUCUAUAAACAAUUGUUUGGGAUCUGAGGGCAAUUGGUGCUACAGAGCAUUGCGGUCUGUUCAGUGGUGGAGGUGGUGGGGAGACAUGUACAUCUAAAAGACAACCACUGUACUUUGUUGUUUGAGAAUUUACAUUAAAGUCAUAUUGACUCAACCUCCUAUCCCCAUCCCCAGAAUGCUGGAGCCCUAACCCCCACAGUCGCCCGUCCUUCACUAGUAUCCUAAUGCGACUGCUGGCCAUCGAACAGUCGGCCAUGUUUCAGAUGCCCCUGGAGUCCUUCCACUCUCUGCAGGAGGACUGGAGGCUGGAGAUCCAGCAGAUGUUUGACGAGCUCAGGGCCAAGGAGAAGGUGAGAGGAGCCCCCACGGUCAUGUGGGAAUGUUGUGAACAUCCCCCUCAAAGUGCAAGUGGGAAAGUGCUGUUGCCUUGGCAACGUGAAGAUCCUCGAUAGGGUGUUAUGUUGCUGUAACACUACAUCAACAUUCUUGUUCCAUAUGUCCCUCUCCUCUCCUGUAGGAGUUGCGUUCCUGGGAGGAGGCGUUGGCUCGUGCAGCCGAGGAGCAGAGGGAACAGGAGGAGCAGCUGAAGAGGAGAGAGCAGGAGCUGGCUGAGAGAGAGAUCGAUAUCGUGGAGCGUGAACUCAACAUCAUCAUCCACCAGAUGUACCAGGAGAAGCCCAGGGUCAAGAAGCGCAAGGGCCACUUCAAGAAGAGCAGACUGCUCAAGCUGGGCAGAGACAGCAACAGCAUCAGUCUGCCCUCUGGUGGGUGGUGGAGGGUAUUGCACCCAAACAUUUAUCCUAUUACUUUAAUAGGGCAUCAUUAUUUCUUUCUAUCCUUAUUAGGAUUGCAACAUUCCAGUAACUUUCCCAAAAUCCACAGGUUUUUAAGAAAUACCAGUUGGAGGGUUCACAUAUUUUCUGCUUAUUCCCUUCUGAUUCCGGGAAUCUUUCAACCAGGAUUUCUGUGAAACCAAGCAAUGUGGGGAAAGUUACCGGAAUUUUGCUGCCAAUCAUUUGACUGUAAUUCCUCCCUGUUUUGUAUGCACACAGGUUUUGAGCAUAAGAUCACAGUGCAGGCGUCUCCGAGCGUGGAUAAGAGGAAACCCCAGGGCAGUGAGAGCACCACACCUCCAGCCAGCCCAGGGGUCAUACCCCGCCUCAGGGCCAUACGACGUGAGUUGAUCUGUGGGGGAGACAGAGACAGGGUAGAGGGGGACUGGAGGACAGAGCACACACCAAAAGUUAAUACCAGUUAUUCAAUUGUGGGGGACGCUAUUGUGUCAAUAUAAUCCUAACCAAUAUUGUGUAUUCCCUACCUAGAUCAAGUGAAUAGAACUACAUUUUGUUCUGCUCACUGCACAACAGGAACUUGUUGAUGAUUUGUUGUAAUGAUAAUACCUGUGUUAUUGUGCCCCUCAGUGACACCCAGCGAUGGCAGCAAGACAUGGGGCCGCAGUGCUGUGUGUAAGAAGGAGGACCUGGCAGCUAGCAAAAAGAAGGGACGCACCUGGGGCCCCAGCUCCACCCUCCAGAGAGAGAGACUGGGCGGAGAGGACAGGUAACAGUCAUGGUCCGAAAAACAACCCCUUCUUAGCCCAUUCCCCUACCUGCCUGCUACCCUUUCUGAUUUUUUCAUUUGCAUAUCAGAAUAAUCUCUGAACAUUAUUCUGGUGAAUGUUUGGUGUAUGGUAUCAGUUAAUAGUAUUGACCCAAUCUUCUUCGUUUUGCAGGUUGAAGUCGCUGGGCGACGGAUGCAAGGUGUGGUCCUCUAGUGCCCCGAAUCUGGGCAAAUCUCCCAAACACGCCCCCAUGACCGCUGGCUUCUCCAGCCUCAAUGAAAUGGGUGGGUCUCUUCGUUUAUCGCCAUUUCUGCAACAGAAAAGAGAUUGUAGAACAUACUAUGGAUACAAAAUGAGUCCGAUUCUUCACUGAAUGAAAUGCUUUGUUCUCCCUCUCAUGCUCUCUCUUUCUCUAUCUUUCUGUCUCUCUCUCUCUGACAGAGGAGCACUGUGAGUUGGAGGAGUCGCCCGGGUCUCUGAUGCCCCCAGAGCCCAGCAGUAACGGGUCUGUGGAGGAGGGAGGCGGGGUGGGGCCCGGGAUGGGGAACGGGAUGAGUUACCAGGACUCUCUGCGGCGCUGCAGCCAGAGGAAGAAGAGCGACCUGCUGCUGCUGGGCUGUGCCUCCCUACUGGCCUCUGUAGGCCUGGGACUGGACCUGCUACAGCUGGGGAGACUACAGGUACGGGAGGGAGGGAGGGAGGGAGGGAGGGAGAAGGGUCUGUAACACACCCAGAUGGACAAAAUGACCCAAACCAUGGGAAAACACCUCUAUCCUGCCUCCUGCUGUAGAGAUUCUCUUAAUACAUUUAAUAAUGGUUUAUACGCUACACCUGAGUGUUGACAAGGUCUACUACAUUAUACAACGUUAGAUUGUACAGUAGAUGCCAGUAAGAACUGACCCGUUUCCAUGUGUGUCUAGGUACAACAGGACGAGCAGGACCUUAGAGAGGAGCAACGCAAGAAAAAGGACAGCAUUUUCCAGCGAACGGGUCGCUUCCGCCGCAGCACCUCUCCUCCGAGCCGCACCCUGUCCCUCUCUCUGUCCCGCCACCAUGACUCUACUCUACCCUGCACGGACCCCUCUCCCUCCGUCACCCUCCUCUCCCUCUCCUCCCUCUCAGACUGUAACUCCACCAAAUCCCUCCUUCCCUCGGACCUUGAGGACUUAGCGUUGACCCCUGGAGUGGGCGCCUCCCUCCCCGUGGCGCCCCCCGUCCCCCCCGUCCCCUCCGUUAACCCCCUCCUGGAUCUGAGGGCAGAGAGCUUCAAGAGGGAGCCCAACCAGUCACUCACGCCCACCCACGUGUCUGCAACAAUGAACAGGGGGCACAGACGCACCCCCUCUGAUGGGGCAAUACGCCCCCGUGCCCAAACCCUAGGGCACCGCAGGACCCCCUCGGACGGCAGCAUGCCCAUGCCACCCCCGCCAGGGCCACCCACCCUUCCCCUACAUGCAGGUGAGUGUGUUGGGAAAGCAUGAUGUCACUAUGAGCUUUUAAUUGAAGAAAAGGAAGCAAUACACUGUGUACAAAACAUUAAGGACACCUGCUCUUUCCAUGACAUAGACUGACCAGGUGAAUCUAGGUGAAAGCUAUGAUCCCAUAUUGAUGUCACUUGUUAAAUCCACUUCAAUCAGUGUAGAUGAAGGGGAGGAGACAGGUUAAAGAAGGAUUUUUAAGCCUUGAGACCAACGAGACAUGGAUUGUGUAUAUGUGCCAUUCAGAGGGUGAAUGGGUAAGACAAAAUAUUUAAGUGCCUCUGAAUGGGGUAUGGUAGUAGGUGCCAGGCGCACCGGUUUGUAUCAAGAACUGAAACUCUGCAGGGUUUUUCAUGCUCAACAAUUUCUCUCUGUUCUCUCAGGUUACAGGGAGACCCUGGAUAUCCCCCGAUUCUCUGACCCCUCCAGCCUCUUCCCAAGGGUCCUUCGCCGCAAGGCCCCCGCUCCGCCUGUCCCCGUCCUGGAGCCCCUAACCAUCAUCAGCCCCUUGGAGAGGCCCAAGACCCUGGAGUUCGCCCCCCGGCCUCGGCCCACCCCAGCCAAGGUGCGACCAGACCCCUGGAAGCUGGGCUCCCUGUCCAGGACCCUGAGCUCAUCGCCAGGCAGCAGCUGUGACAGUCCCCUGGGCUCUGGGGACAGCAGCACCAGCGCAGCCAGGCCCAACCUCAUGGACAUGGACGUGGAUGGACAGGAUCUGGACGGCACCGUGCCCCUGUGUGAACAGCACCAGGCCACACAGCUCUGUGGACAGAACUAU